GUCAUUUUAUCCAGCAGAGCACCAGGAGCAGACACGAUCCUGCAGAGACUCCUGAGAGCAUCUCCAGAGCACCAGGCACACAGAGGAUGGACCAGAAAGGAUGUUCCUUCUUUAGCGCGAGGAAACAGUGGAUGUUAUUGGGGGUUGGGGGCCUGAACGGGGUCCAAAACAGAAGAAAGACAUCAUGAGCGACCGUUUAGACUGCAAAACAUGCAACGAGUCCCUGUGCGGGCGAAAAUACAUCCAGGUGGAGGAGAAGCCCCACUGCAUCCCCUGCUACGACCGCCUGUAUGCCAAAACCUGCCAGGAGUGUAAAGAAGUCAUCGGACAUAAUGCCAAGGAACUCUCCUAUGAGGACAGACAUUACCACUCUCACUGUUUCCGCUGUUUCCGCUGCGACCGCUCUCUGGCAGACGAGCCCUUCACGAGCCAGGAGGCCGCGCUGGUGUGCAGCGACUGCUACUGCAGCGAGUUCUCCUCCAAGUGUGUGUCCUGCGACAAGACAGUCAUGCCAGGGUCGAAGCUGUUGGAGUACGGCGGCUCCACGUGGCACGAGGACUGUUUUGUGUGUCACGGCUGCGAGAAGCCGAUCGGUGCCGAGGCCUUCAUCCCAGACGACAACAACUACUACUGUGUGCCGUGCUACGAGGGCAGGGUGGCUCCUCAGUGCAACCACUGCAAGAAGGCUCUGACUAAAGGAGGGGUGACCUACAAGGACGAGGUGUGGCACAAAGAGUGUUUUCUCUGCACGGGCUGCAAAGCUCCGCUGGCUGGCCAACCCUUCACCUCGCAGGGGGAGAGUCCGUACUGUGUCAAGUGUUUCAGCAGCCUGUAUGCCAAAAAGUGUGCCGGCUGCAACACGGCCAUCACAGGGUUUGGAGAUGGGAAGUACGUUUCUUUUGAGGAGCGGCAGUGGCACCAGCCGUGCUUCAAGUGUUAUCGCUGCUCCGUGUCGCUGGUGGGCUCCGGCUUCUUCCCGGACCGCGACCAGAUUCUGUGUACAGACUGCAACAACGACGACUGACCGACACCACACCUGCAACAGACAUCAACCACGGCCGAGAGGAGCAGCAAAACGUAUAAACGUCGGCCGUGCACAUGAACACUGCAAUAUUCCUAAUUCACUCACAGUGUGAAGCUGAUACAAAGCUCAGUAUUAACAACUCAAUACUCAUGACAGCCUUUAGCACAUUGAUAUGUUUGUAUAAAUUCUGCCGAAAUGUCCUGCAAUAUAUGCGUAUGACUUUUUUUCCCAUAAUUUUAUAUUUUUCACACAUGAAAUAUAACAUAUAAGAAACGUAUAUGUAUGACUUUAAAUUAAACUGUUUUUAUUUUAACUAUUUUCUUCAUCACUGCUAGACAAAACCAAAAUGUAAGUGCUAGGACGUAUGCUUGUAUUUCUACUUUUUAAAGAAUAUUACAAUAUAUAUAACAGCCCUUGCUCUUCUCUAUGUGCUGUAUGUAAACGUAUUUGUUGAAAAUGAUCUGUUAGAAGGAAACAUAUAUAUUUUGUAUUCUUUUCAGCUUACAACAUUUUCUAAUGGCGUACAUGGAAUAAUAAUACAUGUAAAAAACAAAGUGUGUUGAAGAUAUUAACUAACAAAUGGCUAACUGUCUAUAUUAACAUGUACAUGCACAAUAAUGUUGCCUUAAACAUUGACUUCCUCCUGCAAACAGUGUGCUUCUUGUUUUUACAAUACACUCAGAAAUGACAUAACAUUGAACAAAUAGCCUUC